AUGCCUUCAAAUGAAAGCAAGCACAAACAAAGUCAAACAUUAAUAUACGCCUCUGGUGUAGUUAUCACUACUUUGAUCACUGUUCCCAAUUGGCCUUUCUUCAAUCACAACCCUCUCAAGUGGCUUGAUCCGAGUGAAGCCGAAAAGCAUUCGAAGAUGCAGAUAGUUGAUUCUAGUUCGAAGAAGAAGAUAUCUAAGAAGUAG